AUGCAGAUAUUUGUGAAGACACUGACGGGGAAGACCAUUACACUUGACGUGGAGAACAGCGACUCAAUUGAGAAUGUAAAAGCAAAGAUACAGGACAAAGAAGGAAUACCCCCUGACCAGCAGAGACUUAUCUUUGCAGGAAAGCAGUUGGAGGACGGGAGAACUCUGCAGGACUACAACAUCCAGAAAGAGAGCACAAUCCAUCUGGUGCUGCGUCUGAGAGGAGGCGAGUGA